AUGCAAUACACGCCUGCUGAGCUGCUCGACAUUCGUGGAGCAGCCGACCCCGACAAGGAGGGAAUAGUGGUCCUGGUUGUCGACAAGCCAAGACAAGCAAUCCCAUUCGGUGAUUUCAAGAACAAGACAGAGCAGCUGGCCGCAGGGUUGAUACGCAAAGGUCUGCAGACUGGAGACAGGGUGGCCCUUCUCUGCCCACACUCGAGUACUCAAUCUGUGAGAAUACAAGAUGGCGAUCUGGACAGGAUGCUGAAGCACCAGGCAACCAUUGACAGUGACAUGAUCCAUUGCUGCUAUUGUACUUUCGGAAGUACGGGAAAUCCGAAGUUUGUGGCUAUUUCGGGUCACUGGAUGACCAAUAGUUUCCGUGCAUUCUUCAAGAGUGAACGAGUACGGGGGGACAGAGGCUCGACUCUUCUCAGUGAUCCCAUUGAUAUCAAAGUUGCGAAGACAGGCAUCGGUCUUGACAAUGAGAUAAAGAUCAUUGAUGAGAACGGUGUGAUUGUCCCGGUUGGAACCGAAGAAGAGGUGUUCGUCGGGAGCCCGUUCAUGUUCGUUGAGUAUUUAGGAGAUGAGGAGAAGACAAGCCAAGCCAAGGAUUCUAUGGGCUGGUAUCACACUGACGACAACGGAGUCCUGGACGAAAAUGGCUACCUGACAAUUCAUGGCAGGAAAUCAGAAGUCAUCAUCAAAGCGACGGUGAAGAUUUACCCUUCGGCGAUUGAGAAGGUCAUUCGCAAGCAUACCAAAAUCCGCCAAGCGGUUGCAUCAGGGAUUCCUCAUCCUGUCAUCAAGGAGGAGAUAUGCCUGUGCAUUGUGGCGGAGUCGGGUGCGGAUCUAACUGCAGAGGAUGUGCCUGUUUACUGUAAGGAGAAGUUCCAGUGGGAUGAGACGGGUUCGGGUUCGAUGCCUGACUAUGUCCUGCUGUUCGACAAAUUUCCGGCUGGUGCGACUGCGUGGAAGACAGAGAGGAGGAAGAUACGGGACGAAGCUGUCCAGCGGGUUGGGGCGGACAGAGAGGGGUGUCGAUUAUAG